AUGGUUGAGCAUCACCCGGUUCACAACAGCGAGGUCUACCUGUUAGGGAUACCCUCGCGGCCUUCGAUCCCUCCUCCUUCGCCGCCCUCGCCUCUUCUUCCGACUCCGAGUGAGCAGAGCGAGUCGAUCGAAGAGCUAUGCCUGGAUGACGACGAGUUGUGCGCCCCUGGCGCGGAACCAGCCCACCAGUGGAAUGAAAAGUUUGUGGAUGGUGCGGUCCACGUCCUGAGCACGGAAGCGACCGCCCUUCGGCGAAUCGCCCAUCUUUAUGAGACCGACACCGUUGCCAGGACAGGCUUCACUGCUGCGAUCACCGCAAUCACGACGCAGAUCAGAGCGAGGGGUAAAUUAGUCAUCAUUGGCGUCGGCAAGUCUGGACAUAUUUCCAAGAAGCUGGUGGCUACAUUCAACAGUCUCGGGGUACAUGCGACAUUUCUUCACCCAACAGAGGCACUCCAUGGCGAUCUGGGCAAGAUCGGACCACUCGACGUGGUCCUGUUCAUCACGUUCUCCGGCAAGACUGGGGAGCUGCUCUCUCUACUUCCACAUAUCGCUCCUGACCUUCCGACACUGAUACUCACAUCUCACCGUGACCCUUUGGAGUGCAAGAUUAUACAGCAGCGACCAGGCAUGAUCCUCUUGCCGGCACCGAUUCACGAGUCCGAGACGUCGUCUUUCGGUGUGUCCGCACCCACGACUUCUACCACUGUUGCGCUGGCGAUUGGAGAUGCUCUAGCCAUUGUGGCAUCACAGGAGCUGCACCCGAGCGUGUCGUCUGUGUUUGCAAGGAACCACCCCGGUGGUGCCAUUGGCGCGUCAUUCGACAAGAUUCCAUCGGUCCGAGACCACAUGGUACCGUUCCACGAUAUCACUUCUAUCGAAGAAGAUUUCGACAUUGUUCGGGCCGUAGACAUCCUGCGGGCAGGCUACAUUUCGCCUUCCGGAUGGGUGCGAGUUGGGAAUUUCCUGGCAUCUCCGAGUCGGAUAAGGAAGCUCGAAACGGCGAAGCUGGCUUCGCCUCUCUCAGAUGUGCUAGAGCUCGUCGUCGAGAAGGCAAAAUGGGUGUCCAUCCCGGCGGACACGCCGAUCUCCCAGGCAAUCAGUCUAUUGGGGGGUUGGACAGCUGCCGCGACAAUUACGACGACAAUCCUCGCGGUCACGGUCAAGGAUAAAUUCGUGGGAGUUCUCGAGGUUGGACAGCUGCUUGCAUAG